AUGUUCAAGAGGAAAUCGGUCGCCGAACGGCGGGAGUUUGUCAUUAAGAAAGAAUUAUGUUUUGUUUGUCUACGUCCGGAUCAUGAAGCAAACUCCUGUAAGUCGGCGUACUUGUGCAAAACUUGUGAAGGACGACACAGUGUAUUGCUCCAUUUAGAUUCAAAACAUAAGGGUUCAGGGAAAACAUCAACACCUAAUACAAUGGCAAUUUCAAAACCGAUUGAAAGCACCACGGAUCAGAACUGUACAGCUACUAACUUUUCAGGCGCUGUGAAAUCGGAUGUUAGUGUUGUACUGGCUACGGCGAUAGUGAGAAUACGAGACCAAUCUGGUGAGCUGGUGCCAGUGCGAGCUUUAUUAGAUACUGGAUCACAAAUUUCGGCCAUUACCAAUCAGUGUGCGAUCCAACUUGGUUUACCACGUCACAAGGGACGAGUAGAGGUUAGUGGUCUGGCACAGCAGCCCGUACGAACUGUUAAGGGUUCAACCAAUUGUAGCUUUAUUCCUUUGUUGUAUGAUGCACCGCAAAUAUCGGCCACCAAUAUUGUAAUAUUGCCAAAAAUCACCGCUCUUAUGCCGAAUCAAAAAUUACCCAUUUCAAUUCGUGAGCGAUACGGGCAUCUUCCACUCGCUGACCCCGAUUUUGAUGUACCAGGUUCAGUAGACAUGCUGAUUGGAGGGGAUUUAUAUCCAUUCAUCUUGCAAUCGCGAUCGGAUAUUGUCCAUAGUCCCGGUCUGCCGUCAGCCUUGAACACACAGUUUGGUUGGGUAAUAGUCGGAGCCAUAGAAGGGUCAAGAGAAUACUCUACGGCUUCAUCGUUGGUGGUUCAUGCGGCAUCAGAUAAUCAAAAUAUAGGUGAGCUUUUACAGCGAUUUUGGGAAGUUGAAGAACUUGAUAUAAACCAUAGCCCAAGCACAGAAGAUGAAGCAUGUGAAAGACAUUUUCAAGAAACAGUAUCGCGAGAUUUUAAUGGAAGAUUCCAUGUUGCUUUACCUUUCAAAUCCAUAAUUUCUAGUUCAAUGGAUAAGGGAAAUACAAAGCAUGACGCUCAUUCAUUAGGCCUAGGAUCGUCCCGGGCAUUAGCUCUGAAUCGCUUAUAUAAUCUUGAACGUCGCCUAAGUAAGGACGAAGAGCUAUAUAACGCCUAUCGUGAUUUUAUGGAUGAAUAUAUUGCACUAGGCCAUAUGAAGUUGGCUGAACGCACCGGAGAAUAUUUCAUACCACAUCACGCAGUUGUAAAACGGAAGGAGAAUGAUAUAAAAAUUCGAGUUGUUUUUGAUGCCUCCGCCCCUUCUUCGUCGGGACGUUCUCUGAAUGACUGCUUAGCAACUGGGUCUAAAUUGCAAACCGAUAUCGGUGACAUCUUGUUGCGUUGUCGAUUCUAUAAGUACAUAUUCAUAGCGGACAUAGUUAAGAUGUAUCGACAAAUAUUCGUUCGAAAAGAAGACCGUGUUUACCAACACAUUCUUUGGAGACGUUCACCACACGAGCAAGUACAGGAAUACGAGUUGUGCACUGUUACCUAUGGUAUAAAUUCAGCACCGUUUUUAGCAAUUCGCUGUCUUCUUCAAUUGGAACAAGAUAAUGGUCCAGAAUUUCCAUUGGCAAGGCAAUUUCUGCGGUCAUAUACCUAUGUGGAUGACAUUAUUGCAGGGGCCGAUACAAGGGAAGGCAUAUUGAAGGUUCAAUGUCAAGUCGUUGGGCUGUUACAGAAAGGCUGUUUUCAGCUCAGUAAAUGGGCCAGUAAUUGCCCCGAAGUAUUGGAAGGCAUUGCGAAGGAGGACUGCGCCAGUAACUCAUACUAUGAACUUCAUUUUGGACUGGCUAUAAAAAUAUUGGGAUUUUACUGGGACCCGUAUGGAGAUACAUUCGGAUACAGGUCAAAUAUUACAGAGAUGCAACCUACAAAGCGAUCAGUACUAUCAGUCCUCGCUCGAUUAUAUGAUCCCAUUGGAACAUUAGGCCCAAUGGUUUUCUGGGCUAAGUGCCUAAUGCAAGAGCUAUGGCGCCAAGGACUGAACUGGGACACUCCAAUUUCCAAUGAGAUCUCUUCCAAGUGGAAUAUGUUCAUAGAAGAACUUACAUCGUUGGCGCACUUGAAGUUACUUCGUCAUAUUAGCAUUGGAAAAUGCAUAAAGGCUCAGCUAGUGGGGUUUGCAGAUGCGUCACAAAGGGGUUAUGCUGCGACGGUAUUUCUACGAGUAACGGACAAUCAAGGUCUUAUUAACGUGCAUUUCAUUGCUUGCAAGUCAAAGGUUGCUCCGCUAAAGACAUCCAAGAUCGAUAAGUCUUUGACCAUACCCCGUUUAGAACUAUGUGCCGCACUUUUGUUAGCACGUCUCCUUUCACAUAAGAUGUCACUGUUAAAGGAAUUAGUAUCUGUACAAAGCAUCAAAGCAUUCUCUGAUUCAACGAUUGUUUUGUCAUGGUUAAAGGCCGAGCCCAAGGAUUUUAAAAUAUUUGUUACAAAUAGAGUAAACAAAAUAAAGGAGCUACUGCCACAAUGUGAGUGGAAUCACGUAAAAACUACGGAAAAUGCAGCGGACCCUGCAUCAAGAGGGUUACUCCCAAGCCAAUUAGUUGCUUCGGCGUUGCAUUUGAACGGUCCGGAAUUCUUACGGCAGCCUGAAGAACAAUGGCCAAGUCAAACUUUAACAAGACUUCCUUCCGAGCAACUUCCAGAUUACAAACAACCAGUUUUUUUUGGUACAAGAUGUACAAUUCAUUAUUCAUUAUUUGUUUAUUUUGUAAUUUUGAAAGCAUCCUUUCAAAGGCGGGAGGAUGUUGGAUACAGCUCUGGAAUGAUCGACGAUAUUCUCGAUCAUUCGACAAACGCGCCUGGGCCACUGCGACAAACUCGAAUAUUCUAG